ACUCGCUGAUGACGCUGAGAGAGGCACAGGGGUUGGACGGACGAGCCGUCAGCCAUAUUACAUACACUUGCACAGUUGGGAGCUGCUUAGAAAAAAAGGGAUUGGAUUCCCAGCCCCCUCCCCAAAAAAAUAAAAAAUAUGUCAUAGCAAAAAUAUAAAUAUUUACAGCAUAUUCUUGUGAGCAAGCCGCUGCAGAUGCAAGACUUUGCGACAGAGCCGUGGACGAUACUGAAUAACAAGCCGCUGCCAAACCCAAGUGGAAAGUACAGAUUUGUUUCGGAUUAAAAUAAAUGGGACCGGCUGGGCCUCGAUUCUGAAAGCAAGGAACCCUGCGUUGCCUCCAGUCAUCACUACAGCAUAUCUAGAACAAUGCCGGAUUGAUUUGGAUUGUGCAAGUCUGAGCUGUUCCUUUCUCGCCACGUCUAGAUCCAUCUUUUUUUCCCAGUUUCACGUAAGGCUUUGCACUCAUCUGUUUUGGUCUUUUCUUCCGAGUGAAAUUGUCGCGAUUCUUGUUGCUGAAACAUGUCAGCGAAGGUGAGGCUGAAGAAGUUGGAGCAGCUUCUCCUUGAUGGUCAUUUGAAGAAUGAAAGUUCUCUCAGCGUCGAGACGCUCUUGGAUAUUCUGAUCUGUUUAUAUAACGAAUGCAGCAAUUCGCCCCUCAGAAGAGAAAAGAAUGUGUCUGAGUUUCUGGAAUGGGUGAAACCUUUCACAACCGCAGUGAAGGAAAUGAGGCUCCACAGAGAUGACUUUGAAAUGCUGAAGGUUAUUGGCAGAGGAGCAUUCGGUGAGGUUGCUGUUGUGAAAAUGAAGAACACAGAGCGGGUCUAUGCAAUGAAGAUCCUGAACAAAUGGGAAAUGCUGAAACGAGCUGAAACUGCCUGUUUUCGAGAGGAGCGCAAUGUUUUAGUGAAUGGAGAUUGCCAGUGGAUCACCACGUUGCACUAUGCCUUCCAGGAUGAUAACUAUUUGUAUUUAGUGAUGGACUACUACGUCGGAGGGGACCUGCUGACAUUACUCAGCAAGUUUGAAGAUCGCCUGCCUGAAGACAUGGCCAAGUUUUACCUGGCAGAAAUGGUUCUGGCCAUUCAUUCCAUUCACCAGCAUCAUUAUGUGCACAGAGAUAUAAAGCCAGACAACGUUCUUCUUGAUAUGAAUGGGCAUAUCCGCCUGGCUGACUUUGGCUCCUGCUUGAAGAUGAUGGACGAUGGGACAGUGAAGUCCUCGGUGGCGGUGGGCACUCCCGACUACAUCUCCCCAGAGAUCCUGCAGGCUAUGGAGGACGGGAUGGGGAAGUACGGGCCCGAGUGUGACUGGUGGUCUCUGGGCGUGUGCAUGUAUGAAAUGCUUUAUGGAGAGACGCCGUUCUACGCAGAGUCGCUGGUAGAAACAUACGGGAAGAUUAUGAAUCAUGAAGAGCGCUUCCAGUUCCCAUCUCACAUCCCCGACGUCUCCGAGGAGGCCAAGGACCUGAUCCAGCGGCUCAUCUGCAGCAGGGAGAGGCGGCUGGGCCAGAGUGGGAUGGAGGACUUCAAGCAGCACCCCUUCUUCAGUGGGAUUGACUGGGGCAACAUUCGAAACACAGAGGCCCCCUACAUCCCAGACGUCAGCAGCCCCUCGGACACGUCCAACUUCGACGUGGACGACGACGUUCUGAAGAACCCGGAUGUCGUGCCACCAGGGUCUCAUACUGGCUUUACUGGACUACACUUACCCUUUGUAGGUUUUACGUACACCACUGAAAGCUGCUUCUCUGACAGAGGCUGUUUAAGGAGACUCCUGCACUGGGACGGUGCUCCCUCGGAGGGAGGCCUGGAGAACAGCGUGCAGGUGGAGGGGUACGAGAGGAGGAUCAAGAGGCUGGAGCAGGAGAAGCUGGAGCUCAGCCGCAAACUGCAAGAAUCUACACAAGCUGUACAAUCGCUGCACGGCUCAGGCCGAGGAUUAGGAGCUGCAAAUAGAGAUAAAGAAAUGAAGAAACUCAAUGAAGAAAUAGAGAGACUGAAGAAGAAAUUAGCAGAUUCCGACCGGCUGGAACAUCGGCUGGAGGAAGCUGUAACUCUUCGGCAGGAAUUCGAAAGCUCUUCAGGGAAGAUGAAAGCACUUGACAAGCAGGUCAAAGCACUGAAACAGGAGAAAGAAGAGAUUCACAAGCAACUUGUGGAAUCUUUAGAGAGGCUGAAGUCUCAGACCAAGGAGCUGAAGGACGCCCACCAGCAGAGGAAGCUGGCCAUGCAGGAGUUCUCGGAGCUGAACGAGCGGAUGGCUGAGCUGCGCUCUCACAAGCAGAAGCUCUCACGCCAGCUCCGUGACAAGGAGGAGGAGAUGGAGGUGGUCACGCAGAAAACCGACUCCAUGCGGCAGGAGAUCCGCAGGACAGAGAAGGCCCGAAAGGAGCUGGAAGCUCAGCUUGAAGACGCCUCAGCCGAGGCAUCAAAGGAGCGCAAGCUGCGAGAGCACAGUGACAGCUACGCUAAACAGCUGGAGAGCGAGCUGGAGGCACUCAAGGUGAAGCAGGGGGGUCGGCUGGCUGGAGUGAAUCUGCACACAGAGCAGGAGCUGUGCAAGCUGCGCUCAGAGCUGGAUAAGAAGAUCCUGUUCUAUGAGGAGGAGCUGGUGAGACGGGAGACCUCCCACAGCAUAGAGCUGAAGAACCUGAGGAAGGAGCUGCAGGACUCGGAGGGGCAUCAGCUCACCCUGAACAAAGACCUCCUGAUGCUGAAGGACAAGUUGGAGAAGGCAAGAAGGGACAGGCAAAGCGAGAUGGAGGAGGCUGUUGUGACAUUAAAAGACAAGUAUGAGAGGGAGAGGACCAUGCUGACUGACGAUAACAAGAAACUAACAAGCGAGACGGACAGGCUCUGCUCAUUUGUGGAUAAGCUGACUGCCCAGAACAGGCAGCUGGAAGACGAGCUUCAGGACCUGGCUGCGAAGAAGGAGUCAGUCGCCCAUUGGGAAGCUCAGAUUGCAGAGAUCAUACAGUGGGUGAGCGAUGAGAAGGAUGCCAGGGGAUACCUGCAAGCUUUAACCUCUAAGAUGACAGAGGAGCUGGAAUCACUGCGCAACUCUAAUCUGGGAUCCAGGACUCUGCAGAGUACAAACAGCCCAUUUCAGAGGUCUUUGAUCCCAAAUGUUGGAGAUAAGUUGGACCCCCUUUGGAAGGUCCGGCGCAGCCAGAAGCUCGACAUGUCCGCCCGGCUGGAGCUGCAGUCGGCUCUGGAUGCAGAGAUUCGUGCCAAACAGCUGGUACAGGAAGAGUUAAGAAAUGUCAAAGCUGCCAACAUCUCCUUCGAGAGCAAACUGAAGGAAUCCGAGGCAAGGAGUCGGGAGAUGCAGGAGAAGCUGGAGAUUAUGAAGAAGGAUCUGGAGGAGAGCAGAUUCCGAACAGACAAAGGGUUGAAGCUCCCGGACUUUCAGGACUCAAUCUUUGAGUACUUCAACACUUCUCCUCUCGCUCAUGACUUAACAUUCAGAGAUUCUGUCUCUUCUUCAUCUGCGUCCUCUCUGCUAGCGUUUUGGGAUGAAACCAGCUCUAUUAGUGAGCUCGACACAUCGCUGCUAAAGCCUGAAGUCUCCCCCACCCUUUGUGUGGCGACAGCACCAGAUGAGCCAGUUAAGCCACUGCAAGCGGCUCCUGCUGCUGCUUCCCCUGUCUUCCAGGCGACGUCGUUGAGUUUACCAAAGCCUAAAGCCCAUGAGCUCAGUAUCAAGACAUUCUCCAGUCCCACCCAGUGCACCCAUUGCACUUCCCUGAUGGUGGGGUUAAUGCGCCAGGGCUACGCCUGCGAUGUGUGUUCCUUCAUCUGCCACGUGUCCUGUAGGGACAAUGCCCCCCUGGUCUGCCCAAUCCCUCCAGAGCAAGCCAAGAGACCCCUGGGGAUCGAUGUGCAGAGAGGCAUAGGCACAGCUUACAAGGGCUACGUCAGGAUCCCAAAGCCCACAGGAGUGAAGAGAGGCUGGCAGCGUGCUUAUGCUGUGGUGUGUGACUGUAAACUCUUUCUGUAUGAUGUUCCUGAAGGGAAGUCCACUCAGCCUGGAGUUGUAGCCAGCCAAGUCCUGGAUCUCAGAGAUGAAGAGUUUUCUGUGAGCUCUGUGCUGGCGUCGGAUGUGAUCCAUGCAACCCGAAAGGAUGUGCCGUGUAUAUUCAGGGUGACGUCGUCUCUCCUGAGCUCCCCUCCCAAGACCUGCUCCCUCCUGGUUCUGGCUGAGAGCGAGGCAGAGAAGAGGAAAUGGGUUGGAAUCCUUGAAGGGCUGCAGAACAUCCUGAAGAAGAACCAGCUGAGGAACAGGGUGGUGCAUAUUCCACAAGAAGCCUACGAUAGCACCCUGCCUGCUAUUAAAGUGACCUUGUCUGCUGCUGUUGUAGACCGCGAGCGAAUCGUGCUUGGCACGGAGGACGGUCUGUAUGUUGUGGAAGUCACAAGAGAUGUGAUCGUGCGAGCUGCUGACUGCAAGAAGGUGUACCAGAUCGAGCUGAUUCCCAAAGAGAAGAUCAUUGUCCUGGUGUGUGGCCGGAGCCACCAUGUCCACCUGCUCCCCUGGGCCGCCCUGGACGGGGGCGACACGAACUUCGACAUCAAGCUCCCGGACACCAAGGGCUGCCAGGCUCUGAUCACGGGCGCCCUGCGGCCCGGCGGGCCCACCUGUCUGCUGGUGGCGGUGAAGAGGCAGGUGCAGUGCUACGAGAUCAGCAGAACCAAACCCCAUCACAGGAAGCUGUGUGAGGUGCAGGCCCCGGGCAGCGUGCAGUGCAUGGCCCUGCUGAGAGGGCGGCUGUGUGUGGGCUACCCCUCGGGAUUCUGCCUGCUCAGUGUCCAGGGGGAGGGGCCCACCACCAGCCUGGUGAACCCCAGCGACGGCUCGCUGGCCUUCCUGGGACAGCAGCCCCUGGACGCUCUGCUCAUUGUGGAGGUCGGGCCGGAGGAGAAUCUGCUCUGCUUCAGCCAGCUGGGCGUCUACGUGGACCUGCAGGGAAGGAGGUCACGCACACAGGAGCUCAUGUGGCCAGCCACGCCUCUGGCUUGCAGCUCCUCCUCCUCCUACCUGACAGUGUACAGUGAGUACGGGCUGGAUGUCUUCGAUGUGAACAGCAUGGAGUGGAUCCAGACCAUUGCUCUGACCAAGAUCCGCCCGCUGAACGUGCCGGGGACUCUCAACCUGCUCAGCUCCGAGCAGCCCAGGCUCAUAUACUUCAGCAGCAGCUAUUCAGAAGCUGCUGACCUUGCCGUGCCGGAGACCUCUGAUAACAGCAAGAAGCAAAUGGUGCGAACCCGGAGCAAGAGGAGGUUUGUGUUCAAGGUGCCGGAGGAGGAGAGGCUGCAGCAGCGCCGGGAGAUGCUCAGAGACCCGGGACUGAGGUCCAAGAUGAUCUCCAACCCAAUAAACUUCAAUCACGUGGCUCACAUGGGGCCAGGCGAUGGGAUGCAAGUGCUCAUGGAUCUCCCAUUGCAGAAUGAAUUUCCUUCCCCCUCAUCCUCUCGACACCAUGCUUUGAUCUCUCCUCCAAUCAGCUUUGAGCACGUCUAUCACAUGAGCCCUAUUUGUGCUGAAAUCUAUCUUCAGAAAGACCAUUCCUCACUGCAAGGCCUCCCACUGCUCUCCUCCUCUUCCUCUCCCUCCACCUCUUCCUUAGCAAGGAGCGUGUUGCCACCAUCGCAGGAGGAACCGUGCAGAGAGAGACCUCGGCCCGUCUCAUCCAGCAUGUCCCGCCAGCAUCAACACAGCAGGAGCAAAACCUACAUCACCCAGACCGCUUCAGGAGGGGGGGAAUUCGGUGGUGCCGUGUCAUCCUCAUCCCGAAGCAUCUCCGACCCUGACCAGGAUUUCGAGAAGGAGCCGGACUCGGAUUCAACGAAGCACUCGACCCCUUCCAACAGCUCCAAUCCCAGCAGCCCCCCAAGCCCCAACUCCCCCCACAGGAGCCAGCUGACUCUGGACGGCCUGGAUCACUCCACCUUCGACGUGUGAGGCAGGAGGGGCCGUCUCUCAGACGCAUCCCACUGCCAGAGCUCUGCAGAAACACACGAUGCAUACGAGACAGCAAGCAUCCACACUGCUCCACUUGAACUUGUAUUGCUGCAAGAAAGUGCCAAGAAUACUAACAUUUUUAGUUUUUGUCUUUUGUUUAGUUUUCUCCUCUCUCUCUGCCCGUUGAUUUUGAUCAGCAUCCUGUAGUCCAUGUUGUUAGUCCCUGCUUGUAUUAGCUUUCUGUCAGCCUUGGUGCUGCGUGUCUGUGGAGCAAACUAAUCCAUGCUGGGAGAUUCUUGUUGUGUCGUGUUAGCCUUGGUGCUGCGUGUCUGUGGAGCAAACGAAUCAAUGCUGCGAGAUUCUUGUAGUGUCGUUAGCCUUGGUGCUGCGUGUCUGUGGAGAAAACGAAUCCAUGCUGGGAGAUUCUUGUAGUGUUGUGGAGCUCCUGACAGCAGAAUCCUAAACGUUGUAUUAAUCAUGGAGUGAGUGAGAGGUUAGGCAUUGCAAUAUUUUUUUUUCUUGCUGUGAAGAAAAGAACCUGCCAAACUACUGUAUCCAGUGUUGUGAGCAUUACAGGAGGGAGAAGCAAAUGUCUUCUGCUGCUUCUCUCAUCUUCACACUUGAAACAGACAGUGAUGAGCCAAGCUGUUUACUGGAGUCACCCACACCGCUUGAGCCGCAGUGUAAUUACAGGCUAAAGAAAGACCCAUCCAUUGGGCUGGUUAACAACAUUACAGGCUAAAGAAAGACCCAUCCAUUGGGCUGCUUGGUCUGGUUAAUAACAGGACGUCUUUCCAUUGCCUGUAAAUGCUAACUUUAUACUUUUCAUACGAAGGAUGUUUUGACUUGCAGAUUUCAGUUUGUCUAUUGGUUGAUUUCAAGCGUAAUAUAAAUUUCAUUCCCUGAUUUAACUUUAUAAAUAAGUUAAUAAACGAACGUCAUUUCAUUCCGAUUUCACUUUAUAAAUAAGUUAAUAAACGAACGUCAUUUCAUUCUGAUUUCACUUUAUAAAUAAGUUAAUAAACGAACAUCAUUUCAUUCUGAUUUCACUUUAUAAAUAAGUUAAUAAACGAACGUCAUUUCAUUCUGAUUUCACUUUAUAAAUAAGUUAAUAAACGAACGUCAUUUCAUUCUGAUUUCACUUUAUAAAUAAGUUAAUAAACGAACGUCAUUUCAUUCCGAUUUCACUUUAUAAAUAAGUUAAUAAACGAACAUCAUUUCAUUCUGAUUUCACUUUAUAAAUAAGUUAAUAAACGAACGUCAUUUCAUUCUGAUUUCACUUUAUAAAUAAGUUAAUAAACGAACAUCAUUUCAUUCUGAUUUCACUUUAUAAAUAAGUUAAUAAACGAACAUCAUUUCAUUCUGAUUUCACUUUAUAAAUAAGUUAAUAAACGAACGUCAUUUCAUUCUGAUUUCACUUUAUAAAUAAGUUAAUAAACGAACGUCAUUUCAUUCUGAUUUCACUUUAUAAAUAAGUUAAUAAACGAACAUCAUUUCAUUCUGAUUUCACUUUAUAAAUAAGUUAAUAAACGAACGUCAUUUCAUUCUGAUUUCACUUUAUAAAUAAGUUAAUAAACGAACAUCAUUUCAUUCUGAUUUCACUUUAUAAAUAAGUUAAUAAACGAACAUCAUUUCAUUCUGAUUUCACUUUAUAAAUAAGUUAAUAAACGAACGUCAUUUCAUUCUGAUUUCACUUUAUAAAUGGCGAUGGCGGUGUUGUUUAGCAGCGGUUUCAUUUGUGAAUAAAGAACACAGCAGUAUAUCACUCACUGGAUCUCCUUAAAGCAGAUCAUUCAUGAAGUUUCUUACUUCUCUUAACAGAAUAAGUGUGUUACUUUACAGGAAGUGACCUUCUCCCUAGACCAGUGCUAAUUUCAGAUCCCUCUCUGUAUUCCUAGUCGUACAGCUCUUCUUCUCCGCUUUUACAAUGAAAACAAUUAAAUAACCCUUUUAUGGCAUAUUCUGGAGUAUUCAGGGUUUAUGCAACACCAGUAGACACUACUGUGAAUUUUCAGUAACGUUUUUGUUAACAUGGUAAUCUUUUUAAAUGUUUUUUUUUUUUGUUGGUAUAAUCUACAGUGUAUAGACAAACCACUGCUUCUGACAAGAGAUGUAAAAAUGCUUUAAAAAGUGAUGAUUUCACAAGACGAUCACAGCACCAUUUUCAUAGGAUUUAUUAAAAGUGAACAGACGCUG